CGACUUGAAGGUGAUUGUUCUUGAUGCUGAACCAGGGCUGGACCAUGAUGAGCUAGGUGUGCAAAACAAACCCCUCACGCCUCCACAAAAAUUGUCAAUGAAGGUAUGUAAUCCUAGUGAUGUACAUAUGCUUCCUUUCCGCCCACUAUUUUCGUUGUUUUCCUUCGUUCCUUUCUCCGCCACUUGACUUCUAUUUCUUCUUUAAUUAAUUAUAUAUUUUCAUUUAAAAUGUAAAACCUAAAACUCAAGAAAACCUCUUCUUAUUUCCUCUAUUUGUUCGUUCUCCAUGAUUGAAGGGUACCACAAGGUUUGAGCUCCCUACAGCCGUCAACUACAGUGACGAAGAAGUGAGUUUUGCUCACUAUAUAUUUGCAGAAGACCUUCAUCCUGAUGAAGCUUUGGUCAAAACAAUGAUGAAAUCAUAUACCAGGCAGACAUUAUGGAGCUUAUGCCCCGAGUCAAACGUUGAUGCUGAUGUAAGUACUUCUGCGAAACGCCCCUAGUUGACCUGAACGUGCUUAACGAUUUUUAAUCAUUGGAUUUUAUUUCUAUUGUGUUUUAGGUAAUUACAGCGUUAGCAUGCCACUUGACCUUGGACGAAGUUAAAAGAGAUACUGGUCGUGGAAGAGGAGUGUGCUUUCUGCCUACGGAAUUGCAGGUAAGUGUUGCUUUUGCUUUGUAAUUCUAUUUCAGUUUACACAGGGUUGGUUGUUUAUUAAGUAAGAUUAGUGUUCAAUGAUUUAACUUCAUUUUCCUACCAGGAUAUGGUGGUUAAUUAUGGCAUGACAUCUGCAAAGGCAUUAGAGUUAUAUGAUACAAAAUUCCUAUCAAAAGCUCAUAACUGUAGAAAGGUUAUGACUUCUCCACAAUUCUUCCUUCUCAUUUCUGCUUAUUUAGUUGCGGUUUUCACAACAUAUGUGCGCGUGAAUUAUGCCUACCCUUCUGCUUAAUUUCUUGAAUGAAUUAUGUAGGAAAACUAAUUAGUUAAUUGGAUUGUUUUCUCGUACCUGUGAAGGUUUGUCUUCCCAUGAAAGAUAUGAUGAAUGAUGAAGGCAUCCACUGGUAUUUAGCUAUAAUUUUGAUGGACCAGAAACAAGUACACAUUCUGGAUUCAUGCCCAUCAAAAGAGCGCCAAACAAUCCGUACGAAUGCAGUUCACACAAUGGUAUAGUUAAAAUUUGUGCCAUUGAAUACAUACUUCAAUACACGUGUUUGUAAUUCAAUUAUGUGGCAUUAUAUUUUCCAACACAAUUUUGUAAUUCAUAGGUUACUUCUUGAACGUUGUAGAUCGAAUUUCUGAACGACUUGUUCGAUGCCUUACACAAGGAUGUUCAAUCAACAUGUGCACCACCACAGAUCAAGGAGUUUACUUUGACCACUCCUGAAGUUCCUACACAACGACACAAGUAAGAAUGUAUAUUUGGUCAUAAUUUCACUAGAAAAAUAAAAUAUUUGUGUCUUACGUAAUGCAUCUUUCUAAACAGGAAUGAUAGUGGGAUCUGGGUUUGUGUGUGGAUGAUGGGAUCAACUUGGGAUGAUGACUAUUAUAUUUGGGUAAGAAAUCACCUACUACCUAGGCCCAUUUAUUUCUACGAGCACAUUAAAAAACUAUGUCAACUAUUGUAUUAAUACGUUAUAUUUUCUGUCCUUACAGCCAUGCAAUCAUUUGAGAAGAAUGCAGGUGGCAUUGUACCUAGUCAAAGAGCCUACCAAUUACAUAAGACACAAGGUGCUCAAGAAAGCAAAUCAGAAUGCGCCUAGGUUUGAAGCUCAGACACUUGAGUACAAAAUAGCUUCCCAAGAGAGGAAAGCAGGUUCCCAGAAGAGGCUAAUUCAGGAAAGCAGCUUCCCAGAAGAGGCGAAUUCAGGGCUCAAGGAUAUCUAGUCGCAUAGUGUGUUCUGCUAAAACAUUUUAGCAUUUAGUUUUGUUUCUUCCUUUCCAACGAAUGCCCUCUUUAUGGUAACGAUUUAAGGACACGUUUAUUAUUUGGCGGAUAGAUUGCAAGUUUUGGUGUGCUUUUUUAUUUAUUAGAGGGAGGCUAGGAAAUCAACCGAAUAAACACAAGUACACAGCCAGAGGCUAGUUUUCCAAACAGAAAUGGAACCGCUACAGUAAUCUCACAUUGCAGACAGAUAGCCAAAAUAGCAGCAACAGAAACAGCCACCUCUGAGAUUCGCAUAAAAACUAAUAGAGAUAAACUGGCCAGAUUACUUGCCUCGGGAAACUUAUUCCCAUCACGUCUUCACGAAGUAACCCAUCGAAAUUUGCUGGAGGAUCGUCCAACAACCAGCCCAAUCAAGUGGACCUUUAAACCAUUUUUCAAUAAAGAUGGAAGAACCCGAAACAUGAUUAAAAGCAUCACUAGUGAAAUGAAAGAGGUCACAUAUCGUCCAUUCAAAUAAUUUUUGUCUGAGCUCAACCAAACUUGAGUUGCUCCCCCUAUAAAUGUAAUCACCCUCUUGUUUCUUCAUAUCUUCUUCAGACAACUUAUCAACUGUGCUAAACAUGAAACUAUCAAGAUCGACUUCCUUGUUCAUCGGAUCCAUUCUGACCUGGAAAAAGAAAACCACCAAACAAGCUCCUCAACAGAUCAUGUCAAAGACUACUGAAAGAAUGGACCAAAAACACACAUGAUCCUGGAAAGGGACAUCUUAAGCACCUAAUUCCUAUACACAUUAACUCGGUUUAUCAUCAAUGCAUAAAACCGUCACCACAAUUCGUCAAAACCCUUACCUUGUCAAAGUUAACCACGAAGAUAGAAGCAGGACUGGGCCUGUCGGGGUCUCUGUUUAGUUCGAACCCCACGGUUUCAGUGUAAAAAAAUGUAGGAAUAGAAUUUUUGAAAUACAUACUCCACAGCUGUAGCCUCCGCUUCAAACAACGAGACCUCUCUUCCCAAAUCAGUCUACAAUACACCUCAUCCAUAUCAGAGAUCCAUCCAAAAUCACAGCAUUGUAGUUCGAAAAUCAAUUUCGGCAAUUUCAAUUCAAAAUCCCUUUCUUACCUCCCUAGCAGAUCCUGAAGGAACCAUGGCCUCUUUCAUUGCCUCCUCCAGUGCAAUCAUCUCCACCUGCCCAGCUGUUUGCACAAGUGAAUUACUCAUACAAGCAACAAUUAGUUUUCAUUCAAAGGGAUGGGGGUGCUUAUGCUUGCACAGCUUGACGCCAAGAUUACCUGCGAUAUUCGGCCAGUUUAGGGUUCAAACAAUCGAUUGGGAGGAAUCAUAGGACAGGUGGGAAAUAUAACAGUCGAGAACGGGAAAACGAAGAAGAAUAAGAGGGGGAAACAGAGUGGUUCAAUUAUCGCUGCCAUUUUCUGAGGCGGCUGGGAUGAUUUACAAGAGUAGGGAGGAAGAACAGGGUUAUUCCCAAUUCGAACAGAAAAAUGGAGAAGAGAGAAGGUCCAAGGUCGGGAUUUGGAGGAGAGGGGUAGGGCUGCGGGUGGGGCAAGGUAGGUGUCCUUUCUCUUAGGGUGGUUGGAUUUUGGGUCAAUUCAAUAACUAAACAGAACCAACCCGAUUUGGUUUACAAUGGACUAAAAUGAAAGAAAAACUAAUUCUAUGA